AGAGUGUUCGGGCGGUCACCGUAAAAAUUUCCUGGACACUAGUAGCGCUUUUCCUGUCUGUUUACAGCCCGCUGCUGUUCCGAAUCAACAUCUUUGAUAGACGAGUGCAACGAUGCAGACCAUUAAGUGUGUAGUCGUUGGUGAUGGUGCUGUGGGUAAAACUUGCCUCUUGAUUUCAUACACCACAAACAAGUUCCCUUCGGAGUAUGUCCCAACAGUGUUCGAUAACUAUGCUGUAACUGUAAUGAUUGGCGGUGAACCUUACACUCUUGGAUUAUUUGACACUGCAGGUCAGGAAGAUUACGAUCGGUUGCGACCCCUGAGCUAUCCCCAAACGGAUGUCUUCUUAGUUUGUUUCUCUGUAGUUUCACCAUCAUCCUUUGAAAACAUCAAGGAAAAAUGGGUGCCUGAGAUUACCCAUCACUGUCCAAAGACCCCAUUCCUGUUGGUUGGAACUCAGAUUGACUUGCGAGACGAUCCCUCAACCACUGAGAAGCUUGCCAAGAACAAGCAGAAGCCAAUCACUCCAGAGACAGCCGAGAAACUCGCUAGGGAUUUAAAAGCAGUGAAAUACGUGGAAUGUUCAGCAUUAACACAAAAAGGGCUGAAGAAUGUGUUCGAUGAAGCCAUACUUGCUGCGCUGGAGCCCCCAGAGCCCAAGAAAAAGCCUAAAUGUGUUCUUUUAUGAGUUGAACCUUGCCAAUCGGUCCUUUCAGGCACAAACCGUCUGUGAUUUAUCAUCCAUCUACAUCUGAAUCAGUUGUGGUUCACAUUGAGGAAAGGACUAACUGUAGCAACUGUAAUGUUUUGUUUUCUUGUUUUGCCUUGAAUGAUGAUGCCAUCUGAAUUUAAGCAAGAUGAAUAGAAUAAGUGUAAGGUAAGAGUAAGAAAAUUUGUCACAAAUGUUAUCUUAAUUUGUAUUCUAUUUCAUUAGUAUAUUCUCAAAUGGGAUUAAUAAGACCCCUUAAGGCUAACGAAGAGUUUUAAAUUAUUUAUUCAUAUUAACCUGUUUAGCAUCACUGAAAUAUAGUUAUCAGAGAAACUUGAAUUUCAACUGUUAAAAUGGUGUUAUUUUUUACAAAUUCAGAAGUCAUUUAUCUGUAAAAUUUUAGGCUUUCGUAGGUCUCCAGAAAACCUGGACAAACAGUAUUAUUGUAUGAUUACAUUUAACGGCGUAGCGGAUUUAUCAGAGCAUCCUGAACUGUUGGCUGCGCUGCACUUCUAACUGCUUGAGCCUGAAAGUGACGCAGUAGGUUAAAGAAUACAGUCAACUGGUGAACCAAGGCUCCUUUUGUUUCUAAAAUGCUUUCGCUUUCAACAGCAAAGCCAAGUUAAAUUAUUUAAGCCACUGUUUGCUCUCCCCCCAAAAUCAUGUUGAAAUUCAUUCCAAAAAAUGCAGUCACCUGUGAUCCACAAAGCAAGACCUUCAUUCCAAUUUUCCUUUCCAGCAGAAUUUAUCAAGAUAAGUGGGAUGCUGACAACUUGUAUUUCGAGCCAGUGCUGAAUAGGUUGUUUUUUCACCUUGUAUAUUUAUUUUAAAUCACUUGAGUUUAAUAACAAGCAGUAGUAAUUGUCCCAUAAUCAGAUUAAGUGUUUCAAAUUAAGAGUUGAUCGUAAUUGUGCGUGAAGGUGGUCUUUUGCCAUUCACAUACACUCUAGGGUUUUUGUUUUUAAAUAUAUUUUUAUAUGCAAUGUUUCGUUACAGAAAAUUAUCAUGUGUGAAUUACCUCAAAAUAAAUACUUCCAAUGUUUAACAA